AGGUGGAAGCGCCGCCGUCCGGCAAGGGCGGCGAGUACCGGCCCUCCUUCGCCGACGACUUCCUCCUUGCCUUCUUCCGGGCCAAGAUGGUGGAGCUGUAGGAGGUUGGGUGGGAUUCUCAAAAGCCUGGAUACGACGGGCUGAUCGAAGUUGCGAAUCGCCUCAUGAUCAAGGGGAAGAGUGCUUCUGAGACUGAGCAAUCAGCUGUCCGAGUACUCCAGGCACUCUUCCCCCCUCUGUUGCUGGUCCUUUUCAAAGCUCUUUUAGCACUGAUAGCUAAUGGCCAACUUGCAUCCAUGAUGGUAGAAUUAAAUUACCGUAACUUAUGUCAGCACUAGAGCUCUGUUGCUGACGAACGGCGCAUCAGGGAGCAGACAGGAGAAGAAGGGGACAGAUACUAAGUGGCAGGCCGAAAGUUGACUCAAAUGUAUGGGCCGUUGGCCCAUCUCAUAGGGCAAGAGGACCCAUGUAAUAGGGUGCAUAAAUACCCAGUAGCUGAGCCGGAGAAGGCAGCGAAUUGUAAUUGGAUCUCGAUCCCCUCUCAGACUCUCCCUUCUUCCUUCUUCCCCAAGCUGUACCUCUCUUCUCCCAAUCCCCAUUCCAAUCUCUACGAAAGUACUAUGUAUCCUUGAAUUCGUUCAAUAGAUCGUGAGCAGAGGGUUCUGUACAUCACAAUUGGUAUCAGAUUUGGGUCGAUCGGCGGCGGGAUCGGGCUCGGCGGCGGUCGGGUUGGGUUCUCUCGUAAAAUCCCCGUCCGUUGGCUGGGUCUGCGGCGGCGGAGGGUGGCCCCAGUUCUUUGGCGGCACGGGCGGCGUCUUCGGCGGCGGCGGUGAACUGUUCGGCGGCGGAUCGAGGGUAGCUCACGGUUGCACUCAGAUCCUCUGGGUGUGUGAAAUUCCGGUGGGCUACUCGGUUGGCGCUGCACGGCGGUGUUUGGAGUCGGUUGCAGAGGAAGGGGUUAGCGGCUGCUGUAAAACUCCCUGGUACUCGCCGACUCCUGGUAGGCGGUGAAGCUGGCGACUACGGCGCCCCCCAAGCCGAAUCAGCAGACACGUCUCAUGGUGGAUGCCAUGGAGACCAUCGAGGCGCGGGUGGGAGAACAGCUGCAGCUUCUGCAAACGGUGGGCGACAAGUUGGGUAAGUUGGAUGAUCUGUUUAGUCGCUUGGAUUCCCUUGAUCAACAGUUUGCGGCACAGGCAGCGCAGAUGCAUAUUGUUCAGAACAAUGUCAGUCUCACGAUGAAGUCGAUUGGGGAAAUUAGACAGGAGCAGGCAGCAGCUGCUCGUGAGUCAGGACCGAAGCAAUCUCCUCCGAGCGCGUCCACUAGCGAUGGCAUUUUGGGUACGCCACCGCAGCAUAGGCAACCGGCCGUUCCACCACCUGUGUUUAUGACUCAAGUUGGGCAUUCUGCAACAGAGCAUUUUGGGACAGAAGUUCAGUUGAAGAAACCGUGGAUGCCCAAAAUGGAUUUUCCCCGUUUUGAGGGAGAGGAUGUCCGUAUCUGGCUAGAUGGAUGUGAGGCCUACUUCUCAUUGUAUGCUAUCCCUGAAGAAUUCAAGGUCACGUCAGCUACGCUGCACCUGUCUGGUGAUGCAGCAAAUUGGUUUCAUGCAUACAAGGCUCUGCAUCAGUGGCCGUGCUGGAAUGAGUUUAGGAUGGCAGUUAUGCAGGAGUUUGAUGUGAAUGUUCAUCGCUCAAAGAUGAGAGCUCUGUUGUUACUUAAACAGACCGGAUCAGUGGCUGAGUACAAACGGGAGUUCACCCAACUAGUGUAUCAACUUUUGUUGUAUGAACCGACAGUGAGCGACACAUUUUUGGUGACGAGGUUCACUCUGGGCCUCAAGGAAGAACUCCGGGCUGCUGUUGAUAUGCAGCUACCCACUACUGUUAGUGAAGCAGCUUCAUAUGCAUUGAUCCAGGAAGAGAUUGUACAGCGUGCUCGCUCUAACAGAAGUUUUACUACCAGAACUGCCUUCUUCAAGCCGGACACACGCCCAAGCACUCCACCAGCUGGAGAGCUAUGGAAAGCAAGACAGUUGAAGGAGUAUAGGCGCACUAAUGGCCUGUGUUUCAGUUGCGGUGACAAAUACGCACCUGGUCAUACUUGUGUGAAACCACCCACUCCUACUACAGUCAUGGCCAUGACUAGUGCAGCUGAAGCCAUUUUGUCGGAUGAUAUACUUGAUGCAGUAGAAGAACAAGAAACUGCUUUGCAAGAAAUGCACUUGUCUGUUAAUGCCUUGUUUGGAGCUGAUCACCCUAGAACCAUUCGCUUGCGAGCUCUUAUUGGCAAUCAAGUGGUACUUAUUCUCCUAGACUCCGGUAGUACUCACAGUUUCAUGGAUUCAGCGUUGCUGCCCAGAAUUCAAGUGACACCACAACAAUUGUCCAAAGAAAUCUCUGUAACAGUGGCCAAUGGAGAGAAACUGUUGUGUAAUUCUGAAGUGCCCCAGCUCAACUGGUGGAUCCAGGGACACACAUUUGAGUAUGAUUUUAAAGUUCUUGAUUUGGGAGGUUAUGAUCUCAUUUUGGGCAUGGACUGGUUGGAAGCUCAAGGGGAAAUGACAUGUCACUGGAGAAACAAAUGGAUCCAGUUCAAUCACAAGGAUAGUCUGGUUAAGCUGCAAGGAAUUCUUCCACAGUCUACAGAGGACAUCAAGGAGGUCACUCUAGAACAAACUAUGAAAUGGCACAAAGGCAAUGAUAUUUGGGCAGUGGCACUGAUACAGCCAGUAUGGGACAAAAAGCCUGACCUUGUUCCUGAUCCAGUACAACCCUUGUUACAGGAGUUUGCAGAUGUCUUCAAAGAACCUACGGAGCUACCACCCUCUCGAACUUUGAACCAUGCAAUACACUUGUUACCAGGGGCCGCUCCUGUCAACUCCAAACCUUACAGAUACUCACCACUGCAAAAAGAUGAGAUUGAAAGGCAAGUUGCAGAAAUGCUUAAAGCUGGUACUAUCACUCCCAGUCUCAGCUCUUUUGCUUCUCCUGUCCUAUUGGUAAAAAAGAAAGAUGGAUCUUGGAGAUUUUGUGUAGAUUAUCGGAAGCUAAAUUCCAUCACUGUGAAGAGCAAGUUCCCAAUGCCAGUGGUAGAUGAGCUUUUGGAUGAGCUUAGUGGCACUAAGUGGUUCUCCAAGUUAGAUCUCAGGUCAGGAUAUCAUCAAAUUAGAAUGUUACCGGAGGAUGAACACAAAACAGCUUUCAAAACUCAUAGUGGACAGUAUCAAUUUAGGGUGAUGCCUUUUGGUCUUACUAAUGCCCCCUCCACUUUUCAAUGCAUCAUGAAUUGGAUUUUUGCUGCUUACAACAGAAAAUUUGUUCUUGUCUUCAUGGAUGAUAUCUUAAUCUUUAGUGAGACCCUGGAAGAACAUUUGGAACAUCUCAGAAUAGUGUUUCAAACCUUAAGAGAGCAUCAGUUCUUUGCUAAGAGUACCAAAUGCACUUUUGCAUAGCAACAGUUGGAAUAUCUAGGACACAUCAUUUCUGACAAAGGGGUUCAGACAAAUCCUGAGAAAACUUUGGCUAUGGCCAGGUGGCCUACUCCUCGGAACGUGACUGAAUUAAGAGGGUUUUGGGGGCUCACGGGAUAUUACAGGAAGUUUGUGCAAGGAUAUGGUAUAAUUGCUAAACCACUCACUCAACUACUGAAGAAACAAGCAUUUGCUUGGUCCUCAGAGGCCCAGGAAGCCUUUGAGAAACUCAAGGCAGCGAUGAUGACUACUCCUGUAUUAGUGUUGCCUGACUUUGACCAGCCGUUCUGCAUUGAAACAGAUGCAUGUGCUACAGGAAUUGGUGCUGUGCUCACUCAAGGAGGACACCCUGUUGCCUUUUAUAGCAAAGCUUUGGGCAUCAAAAAUCAAUCUCUGUCCAUCUAUGAAAAGGAGUUUUUGGCAAUUAUGAUGGCUGUAGAAAAAUGGAGAGCAUAUCUACAGCGAGGGCCUUUUAUUAUCAAAACGGAUCAUCAAAGUCUGUGUCAGUUGGAAGACCAAGUCCUUACAACUGAUGUUCAGAAAAAAGCCAUGACCAAGUUAGUGGGGCUGCAAUUUUAGUUUCAAUACAAAAAAGGCAGUGAGAACUUAGCAGCUGAUGCCUUAUCCAGAGUAGGGCACUUACUGGCAGUGACCACUACUUCCACUAGUAGACCUGUGUGGCUACAGGAAGUACUUAAUUCAUAUGAGGUGGACCUAGAUGCUCAAACACUGCUUCAAAAACUAGCUAUUUCUGCUGCUGAUACAUCAGAGUACUCUCUGGAGAAAGGUGUGAUCAAGCAUCAAGGCAGAAUAUGGAUUGGAGCAAAUCAAGCAUUGAGAACAAAACUCAUUUCUGCCUUUCAUGCAAGUGCUGUGGGGGGACACUCUGGCAUCCAGGCUACAUAUCAAAGAGUUAGGAAAUUGUUUGUGUGGACUGGGCUGAAACAAGAUAUCAUUGAUUUUGUUCAUCAAUGUGUUGUGUGUCAACAAGCAAAGCAUGAACAUGUGAAAUCUCCCGGAUUACUUCAACCACUUCCUGUACCUGACGGACCUUGGCAGGAGAUCACCAUGGACUUCAUCGAAGCUCUACCAAAAUCUGAGGGCUAUACAGUGAUCUUAGUGGUGGUUGAUAGACUGACCAAGUAUGCUCAUUUUAUCCCCUUGAAACAUCCUUUCUCUGCUCCAGUGGUAGCGAAAGCAUUCCUACAUACUGUGGUCAAAUUGCAUGGACCACCCCAUACUAUAGUUUCCGAUAGGGACAAGAUCUUUACCAGUCACUUUUGGAAGGAUUUGUUCAAGCUUUGGGAUACUAAAUUGCUCAUGAGUACUGCCUAUCAUCCUCAAACAGAUGGGCAGAGUGAAAGAGUGAAUCAGUGUUUGGAGAUGUUUCUCAGAUGAGCAGUACAUGAUACUCCAACAAAAUGGCAUUCCUGGUUACCCUUAGCAGAAUUCUGGUACAAUACUAAUUUUCAUUCUGCUUUGGAGUGCUCCCCUUUCAAAGCUCUCUAUGGAUAUGAACCUACUUAUGGGGUGUUUCCCUCUUUGCUUACCUCUGAUAAUGUUGAAGUGGAACAGUGGCUUAAGGAACACCAGGCACAUACAUCUCUGCUGAAGGCGCACUUACUUAAAGCCCAAACGAAGAUGAAACACUAUGCAGAUCAGAACAGAUCACCCAGGAUGUUUUCGGUGGGAGACUCGGUGUAUUUGAAGCUCCAGCCAUAUGCUCAACACACUGUAGUCAACCGACCAUGUGCAAAAUUAGCAUAUAAGUUCUAUGGGCCUUUUGAAGUUUUGGAACAGAUCGGACCGGCUGCUUACAAACUUCAGCUACCUGCAGCAGCCCAGAUCCACCCCGUGUUUCACGUCUCUCAACUCAAAGAAUUUGUGCCAGAUCAUACACCAGUCUUCUCCACUGUGCCUGCCCCAGUUGAUUUUUCCAGUAUGGACGUGCAGCCAGGUAUGAUCUUGGAUAGGAAAUUAGUCAAAAAAGGUGACA